UAUAUAAUUUCUCCAGUACCGUCAAAAGCGUAUACUAGGUCGCUCAUAAACAGUCCGCUUUCUAAGUGACACAUGUGAUUACCAUUUAAAGAACCGUUUUUUAAAAAGUAUUAAUUGCUGUCAGUGCUGUGUUAAUAAUUCAAAUUUAAAAUUUUUAAAUUACCAUAAAAUUUAUCAAUUAUAAUUUAAAAAUGGAAUUCCAAGUGUCUGCUCCCGGUAAAGUCAUUCUUUUUGGCGAGCAUGCUGUUGUUUAUAACAAAACUGCAGUAGCAGCGAGCUUAGAUUUGCGUACAACAUUAAAAUUCACUGAGCUGCCAAAUCAUGACAACAUAAAUCUACUAAUGCCAAAAUUAGAUCUGAAUAUUGAAAUACCUUUGAAACGUAUUAUUGAAUACUUUAAAGUUGAAAAAUGCCCUAAGUACAGAGAAAACCAUCAAAAUUUUUAUAAAUACGUCAGCGAAUUCGUUAGCGGGCUUAAUUACUCCGGAGUAAACCAAAAACUUGGAUUAGAGGCUUUAGUAUAUCUACUUAUUGCCGUAUUACAGAGUGAAAGUUUUGAUCUCAAGCCUUUUGAGCUGUUUCUCGAUACCGGUUUGUCAAUAGGUUCGGGUUUGGGAAGUUCGGCUUCAUUUGCUGUCUGCAUUUCGACGUGUUUUAUCCAUUGGUCAAAUUUGCAAAAGGGAUUGACCACUGAUUUGAAUAAAAAUGAACUAGAUAAAGUGUCGGAGUACGCGAUGAAUUGCGAGAAGAUAAUGCAUGGAACGCCAUCUGGUAUAGACCAUACGGUAGCAAUUUAUGGGUCAGUUAUUGAAUUCAAAAAGGACGAAAAAUUGGAGCUAAAGCCGAUACUUGGAGUCAAACCGAUGGAAAUUUUACUUGUGGAUACUCAAGUUCCUCGCAGUACUAAAAAGUUGGUAGAGAAAUUUGCUGAGUUAAAAAACAAAUUUCCUAAAAUAUAUGACCCUAUUUUGGAGUCUAUUGAUAAUGUUUCGAAAGAAGCUUUGGCUGUUAUUAGAAAAAUAAGUGAACUUGAUGAUCAAGAAUCGGUUGAUGCGUAUCAGCAAUUAAUGACUUUUAUGGAAAUAAAUCAUGGGUUGCUUACGAGUUGUCAGGUUUCACAUCCAUCACUUGAAAAAAUUUGUGCGGAAGCAAAAAAAUUUAAUUUGUCAGCUAAAAUGACUGGUGCGGGCGGAGGCGGGUAUGGAUAUAUUUUAUUACCGCCUUAUAUUUCAAAUCAAGUCGUCGAUCAGUUAUCGAGUCAACUGAUUGCCGAUGGAUUUUUGGUCACACGGACGAAUCUCGGAGGAGUUGGAGUGCGCAUUGAUAAAAAAUGAUUUUUUAAAACUAUUUAUAGUCUUAUAUAUUUGUAUAUUUUGUAAGUUGACUUAUUUUUUAAUAAA